CUGUGAUUGUUUCCAUGACAACGUCACAACACAACAAAACACGAAUUUUUGUUUUGCAAACAAAACAACCGAUAUUAUUAUUCAAUAGUGAAACUAAUCCACUAUGAAUGAAUUAUUCAGCUCUAGCAAUCCUCAGCCGAAAAAAGUGGGUGUCUGGGCAGAAAGCACACAUAUCGAAGCUAAAAAUAUUAUAAUACCUAGAAAGACUACAGCAUCAAGCAGUGACGAUAUUCCUACCCUACCAGAUUUCGAUGACUUUCAAGAUAUACUAGAGAAGGACUUAUCUAAGCCACCUGUAGCGGAGCACAAAGACACUGAGACAGCGGACACUCUAGCGGAUAUCGGCGGAGACCUGACCAGCACUGUGGACGGCAUCGACGGAGUGCUGAAGGUGCUGCGCUCCUGCGUCCCACAGGUCGACAUGAACAUGGCCGACACUGUGUGGACGGUGGAUGGUCUGCUUGCACAACUCGCUGACGAGGAGCAGAAGACUGGAUCAUGAAUGUUAAAUUAUGUUAUGAACUAUGAAAAGUGCCUACAAUCAUAAUAAUUAAAGUAUGUUAAGUUAUUUUAAUAUAAUAUAGUGGAUUUUUUUAUAAACUAACAAAAUUGAAUUUGUACUUAUCUCAGUUAUUAUAGUCAUGAAUUUAUGAUAACACUAGCAUUCCCUUUAUCCAACUAAUCAAUACUAUUAUAAAUCACUGAUUUCUAGAACAAAUACCUUUUCCAUCACUCAUCAUCAUCACACAGGGCAGGCUGAUGAUGAUGCUUUUUCCCGAUGUGAUGAUGGCAGUAC